AUGGUGGCCGUGUGUCUGGCCGUAUUUCUGGGAGCUUUAAAUGUGAUUUUCGUGACCACAGCUAUACCCAAGAUUGGUGGCCACUUCAAAUCAAGUGCCAGUUACACGUGGAUUGGGUCUGCAUUUCUACAAGCCAACGUCGCAUCAAUCCCGUAUGGAGCAGGAUCUCAGACAUCUUCGGCCCACGCGCAAGUUUCCUCCGUGGUUAUAGGCCAACUCGUCUACCAAAAUGAAAAGGCCAAAAAAUACCGCUCUCUCGUCGCCUCGAUCCAUGUCGCUCUCGCAGAUUCCCUCAAGUCAAUGUGGCUUGUGUACACGUGUAUCACCGCUGCCGGACUAUUCGCCUCAUUCCUCAUCAGACGAAAGAUUUUGACUCACGCGCAUGUAGAAACCAAAACGGGUUUAGAAGCUGAACGUGAAAGGCUGAAGCUCGACUUCGCGAGCGUGAAAUGA